AUGUUGACCUUGCUGGAGGCUUUACAAAAACAGGCAAAAGAGGAACCGGACAGAAUCUAUGCCUCUUACGCUCUCUCAGCAGAUCUGUCGGAUGGCUUCCGCAACGUCACAGUCGGUGAGCUUCUUCGGGCCAUAGAUGUUCUUGCUUGGUGGCUUCACAACGGAUGGGGUAGAAGUGAAGACUUCGGCACUGUUGCAUAUGUCGGAUCAUCAGACUUGCGCUACGCGAUUUUCUUUUACGCGGCCAUCAAGUGCGGGUUCAAGACACUCUUCAUUUCUCCCUUGAACAGCUUCGAAGCCAGCAAGUCCAUCAUAGAAUCCACGACAUGUCAGAGGAUCUUCUACGCCCCGCCAAUGGAGCAGGUUGCAAAGACGCUGUCGAGCACAGCAGCUCCCCGCGCGGUCGAGGUCGUCCAAAUCGCGUCUCUGGAGGAGUGCUUGAUGGCCGAUUCGACCAAGCCGUAUCCAUACGAGAAGACGUUUGAAGAAGCAAAGUGGGAUCCGGUCGUGGUGAUCCACACCUCGGGCACGACAGGCCUCCCCAAGCCCAUGACGAUGAACUUCGGCUUCUUCAGCACAGUCAAAGAACCCGUGCCGCCCACGCCCGGCUACAAAGACGGCUCAUUCGCCUGGUUCGCGCGGCGCACCUUCCUCGGGCCCUUCCCGCCCUUCCACCUCGGCGGCGUCUACACCAUGAUGACCAUCCCCGUCUACUUCGAGGCUACUAUCGUCAUUCCGCCGCCUACCCUUGCUCUCGGCGAGACGCUCGUGGCCAUCAUGCACCGCAAGAAGAUCGACCUGAUGUUCUCCAGCACCUUGACGAUUGAGCAGGUCAUGCGCGUGAGCCCUGGCGGGCCCGAGAAGCUGCGCGAGAUGCAAUUCAUCUCGUUUGCCGGCGCGCCGCUGCCGCCGUGGGUGGGGGAUGACUUGAGCAAGCAUACAGUCAUCAAGACGUUUUUCGGCUCCACCGAAACCGGCCUCAUCCCCACCCUCCCGCCCCACCCCGACGACUGGCCCUACAUGAAAUUCGACCCCUGCAUCGGCGCCGUCCUCGACCCCUGCACUUCUCCGUCCUCCCCCGCGGACCAAAACCAAAACCAAACCUCACCGUCACGCACAUGCACCACCCCCCACGAACUAACCUUCCCCCCAACCACCGACCCCGCCGUCCUCGCCCACCGCGGCAACGCAUGGCUCUUCCCUUCUCCCCCUGAUGCCCCUCACCCUCCUGCUGAUCCAUCAUCCUCGUCCUCGUCCGGUGCUGCCACCCCGACGGCAGCAUGGCGCUCCCGCGACCUCUUCACCCCGCACCCGCUCCCCGCGAAAGCCCGCGCCGGCCUGUGGCGCUUCCUCGGCCGCGUCGACGACGCCGUCACCCUCGCGUGCGGCCGCCGCUUCUUUCCGGGCGCGUGGGAGGCGGCGGUCGUGAGGGCGUCGGCUGCUGGUGAUGGUGGUGGUGAUGCUGAUAAUGGUGAGGGCGGGUCGGAGGGGGGAGGAGGGGCAGGAGGGGCAGGGACAGGAGGGACAGAAGGAGGAGGAGGGAGAAGUGGCGGUGGUGCAGUCGCGCACUGCAUGGUCGUCGGGAACGGGAGGGCGCGGCCGGGUGUGCUGGUGGAGCCGGUCGCGGAGCUGGGGACGGGGGCGGAGGCGGAGGAGCGGUUCGUGGAGGAGGUGGCGUGGCCGGCGGUGAGGAGGGCGAACGAGGGCGUGGCGGAGGAGUGGGCGAGGGUCGCGAGGGAGAUGGUGAGGGUCGUGCGGCCGGGGAGCUUGGUGAGGGCGCCGAAGGGGACGGUGGUGAGGAGGGCGAGCGGGGAGGGGCAUCGUGGGGUCAUUGAGGAGAUGUAUGGGGGCCCCGCGGUGGAGAUCGGCUUGUAA